AUGCCUGUUGACUACGGGUCUCCCGAGGCAGUCACGGUUCCUAGUGAGCCGCCGGAGGAACCAGCCGCAGCAAAGGAAACUACUACGGCAGCAGACGCGCCCACACUGACUACUGCAGCUAUCAUGCUGUCUCCGAAUUUGACUCCGGCAAGUACCACGCCAACAGGAAACCAUCCAGGACCAUCAGUGGCUCCUGCAAGCUCUACUCCGCUGGCGAAGCCAACCGUUACCAAUCCCGUUCCAAUCAUCGACCUGAACUGGGUCCGACAACGAAGUUCAAGAGCAGUGCAACCUGCUCAAGAGUAUCAUGGAGGACAGUCUAGCCCUUGA